AUGGAGUCCAUCGUCGCGGCCUACGGGGGAUCAUCGUCGGAGCUAUCGGACGCUGCUUCACCAGCCUCAUCCCAAAGUGAAGCAGAAUGCACGGCAACAGAUGAGUCUACGGGUGAUGGUGGCAUGCGGUCUGGCCUGAAGCGAAAGCGUUUUGAUGAACCGCAGCGGAAGCGUGCAUUUUCUCACGUGGAUGGCAAUUGGCCAAGCCACGUACGAAUUAACAUUCCAGUUGACCAGGAUCUUCGUGAGUUGGCUAGAGAAGCAAUAGAUCGCACGCAAAAGGCUGUCGGUAAGGCGGUAGCAUUGGUGGCGUUUGAGGAGCUUGGCUUGGGCAAGUAUCCAGCUACAAGCGAAAACCCUGAACUGCAUUUGAGUCUUUCGCGACCGUUUGUGCUCAACUACGACCAGAUCAAUGUUUUCGUUGACUCGCUCCGUGCCGCACUCAAAUGGCGAGAACGUUUCAGCGUCACUCUUUGCCGCACACUUGUGCUAGUGAAUGAUAAUAAGACGCGCUCGUUCCUAGCGCUUCGUGUUGUGAAAGGAGAAGAUGAAUUCGUGAAAGUGCUGCGCUGCGUGGAUGCAUGCCUUGCGCGAUUCAAACAACCUAUAUACUACAUGGAUCCUAUUCCGCAUGUUAGUAUCGCAUCCUCAAUGGGCGAAGAGCUAGCGCAACUAACAUCGGACCAAUGUGAAAGCCUCCAAAUUUUAUCACCGGAACGGCAGCAUAUGACAACGUCACGUUCGUUUACGACAAGCGUAGCAGCAGUCCACGUUGCCAUUGGCAACAAACACUACGACAUCCCACUCCGCUAA